AUGGAUGAGGAACAACAUCGAGCCGAGAGUCCGGAGGAGAAAACACAGUGUGACGAGACUGACAAGGACCAGAUUACAGAUGCCGCACUUGAGGAAAAGGCGCUCCCCAAAACAGGAGAAGAAGGAACCAACAAAGAACAGGAAUUAGAAGCAAAGACAGAUGGGGACGACAAAGGUGGAGAAACAGAAGAAACAAAAAGUGCAGAUGAAAAAGAACAAAGUGAAACUGCAUCGGAGGCUCAAGAGAAUAGACAAGAUAAUACAAGGACUGAAGAUGAGAGUAAGACUGAGCAAACACAAGAAUGCACAAAGAAAGAGGAAAACACACCAACUCAUGACGACAGAGGGAAAAACGUUGGUUCAAAAGAAACAGAGACUAAAACUCCUAAAGGCAAAGACUCUGAUGUAAAACAAGAUAUAAAUAAAAAGGGGAAAACAGAAGGGUCAGAAAAACCAAAGAAAAAGUCUGGACCGUCUGCGUCUGCUCUGGCUGCUCUGAGUCGACCCCGGAAUUCUGCACGCUCCGGCCGCGCCUCCAACAAGAAGGACCUCAUCGCCAAGUUCCAGCAGGGAGCGCCAGAAACACCAGUCCCACGCAACUUCAAGCUCCAGAGGUCUGCCACAGCCGGAAGCACUGGGGCCACAAUCAAACAGAAAAUUCUCCAGUGGUGCAUCAGUAAAACUCGUAACUAUGAGGGGGUGAAGGUGGAGAACUUUUCCUCGUCCUGGUGUGACGGCAUGGCGUUUUGUGCACUGAUCCAUCGUUUCUUCCCUGAUGCUUUUGACUUCAGCUCCCUGAAUCCCAAAGAGAGGGAGAGGAACUUCACACUGGCCUUCCAGACCGCAGAGACUCUGGCUGACUGCUGCCCUCUUCUGGAGGUGUCGGAUAUGCUGCUGAUGGGGAACCACCCUGACCCCAUGUGCGUCUUCACCUAUGUCCAGUCUCUCUGCCACAGCUUGUCAAAGAUAGAAAAACAGAGGAAGGAUUCUGCAGAAAAGGAAAAUGCUGCUAACAAGGAAGAAGAGGGGGCACAGAAGGAAACCCAGGAAAUCUCAGGGGAGACAGAAGGAACCAAAGCUAUGUCUGAAAGUCACGAGACAACCAGGGAGGAGGAGGAUGUGGUGAAAACUGAUGAGACUGACACCCAGGCAGUGGUGGAAGAGGAAUCCUAA